GAAAAAGUUUUUCGUAGUUCAUAGUUGUUUUGAUCGUGUUUUUUGGUUCUAUUUCAGUUUGUGUUUUGUUUUCAAAACCUUUGGAUAUAAUUUAUUACGUCCUAAAUGUCAUUUCCAAGCGCUGAUAAUGUGAUAUUCAAGAGUUCCUAGAAAUCUUGUAAAUUAUUCUAAGAAAAACAGUAUCUGAUAAGGAUAACAAAAAAAGGGUUUGUCCGAACCUUAUCUCAGGCGUCUACAGGACUAUUCAUUAUGAAUGCCACGGAAUAUAAGAUUUACCAUCAGAAGUUUAUGUUUAACAACCAUGGGUCGACGGCUUUUCAUACAUUCUGUUGCAUCAUGUAUACUGUUCAAUGCUGCCUUUUCACCUCAAUAUUACGAAUGGACCAGAGAGGCAAGUACUUGCAGUAUUUGUACGAAUAUAUUAUCAUUAUUUUAUUUUUGAUAGCUGCUAAUACAUUCCUUGCACACCAUAUAUAUUUAUUAAAUAUAACCAUAUUUCUCCCGUUGGCUUAUGAGAUAUAUGGCUAUUGGUGCUAUAUUGAUGUAACGAAAAAACUAGAACAACCUAAUGAUUUCAAGAAGAUACAGACAAUAACAACAGUGAGGGGACUGACUUAUUUGAUGACUGUGUUUUGUAUCCUAGCUGUUGAUUUUCAAGGUUUUCCAAGAAAUUUGGCCAAGACUGAAAACUAUGGUUACAGUUUGAUGGAUACAGGUGUGGGCUUAUUCGUACUCAUAAGUGGUCUUGUUCACAAAGACGUCCGCCAAAAAGGUAUCGGUUACGUUUUAAAAAGCAACGCUCAAUUUGUAUCAAUCUUAUUUUGCCUUGGAGUCGGCAGAUAUGUGUCUGUAAAGCAGUUGGACUACCACGAACAUGUUACUGAAUAUGGAGUGCAUUGGAACUUCUUUUUCACCAUAGCUGUUUGUAAGCUACUGUCCAGUUUAUUACUAUAUUUUUCUGACAAACGUUUAUUGCUAAGCAUCGUAACAUUAGCUGUUCAUGAGUUCCUGCUGUACUAUGGACUGGAAGGAUGGGUGUUCAGUGACAUUCCUCGCACAGAUUUGAUUUCUGCCAACCGAGAAGGAAUAGCAUCAAGUCUGGGCUAUGUCUCAAUGUACUUAUUUGCUGCUUACUUCCAAACAGUAUUCAAUGAUAAAUCUAGCCAAAGAAGUGAAGUACUGAAGAAACUUAUGAUAUCUGUUGCUAUUCUUUGGACUUUUACAUGUAUAUUGCCGGAUUAUAGAACAACAUCUAGAACUCUAGCUAAUGCUGGCUACUGCUUGUACAUUGCAGCAAUAUUAUGGUCGAUCAUGAUGGUUACAUACUUUGUUGAAGUUAUUUACGAUGAUUUUGAAGCUCCAAUGAUACUUUCCGAUAUUAAUGCAAAUGGAUUGCCAUGUUUUUUGGUGGCUAAUUUAAUAACUGGAGCCAUCAAUUUAAGUGUAAGAACAUUACUAGUCUCGACAGAAUUGACAUUCCUUAUUUUAAACGUGUACAUGGUAUCAUUGCUGACUUUUAUGGUUUUACUGAAAGGUUUGCAGCGAAAUAAAACAAAAACAGAUUAGUUUACAAUACAUGUAUUGUACAAAAAUAUUUAAAUACAUUUAGUAAAUAAUAUUUAGGAGAUACAUACACCUGUGUGAGUUAAAAUGAUACACACACUAUUGCACUAUGUACCUAUAUGUACUUGGAAUGAGAGCUCGUAUUAAAAUACUAUUCUAAUAAUAAUAAUUCUGUGGGUCAUUUCAAUCUAGCUUUACCCGAGAUAUAGCUAUUAUAAUGAUUUACUU